AUGACUACUCAGACCAUCACCGAGGAAGUGUCCUCUACGCAGAAACAACCAGAUGUCGUUCAAGGUAUCUUCACUUACUAUGAUGGCCCGAAGCCAGAUGUCGAUGAUACUACGAUGCUUUGGGGCAAAAACAAGUACUUGAUCACCAAAACCGAGCCAGUGAAAGAUCUCCGCAGCCUCAGCAAGCCAUUGUCUGAAUACAACCACGACGACGACGGCAUCCAAAUCUUUCACAUGCCCGAUACUUCGGUCAUUCAAGGCAAUCUCUACGAUCACGAAUAUGUGCAGAAUAAUUACCGUCAGCAGCUGGGACACUUCAUCAAGGAGAAGUUGGGCCUGAAGCAUUGCAUUCUUUGGGGCCAUCUGGUCCGUGAUGUGCCUCGAGAGGUUCACACCAAAGUCGGAGAAAAGCAGGUCGCGUUCCCUACUGCUUCUGGUACCACGGCAUUCCAUCUUGCCCACGUCGACUUUUCUCCCGCUGGAUCUCGUGCAUUCUUGCGUUCGGCGGGCACUCCGGAUUACUUUGAAAUCCUCAACAACUCCUACAUUGCCCAAGAGGAUCGCGCCGCCUUUUUCGCUCUGCGCGAGAAGAUUAUUGCUGCCGAAGAGACUGCCAUGCGCAAAGUCGGCAUCGAUCCUGCUGCUGAAAAAGACGGCAAGGGGGGACACUGGGAUUGGGAUGGGAGUGGCUACGAGGGUCCACGCUAUGGUGUCGCCACUCUUUGGCAACCCAUCAAUCAAGUCGAACGGGACCCAGUCGCUUUCUCCUUGUCUCCUGACCGAGACUUCAAAUACACCGGUCUUCACAGGAAGUAUCAUCAGCUCGGCCAUGAGUCCAUGGGCGAGUUUUACUUUGAGAACAUGCUGGUUCAUCCUGAACCAUCUCAGGAAUGGGCUUACAUCAGUAAUCAGAAGCCCGAGGAGGUUUUGAUGAUCAACUUUUACGACACCAACGCGUUGAAAGUGAGCGAUGGAAGUUCCAAGAGUAUGAGAGUUCAUGGUGCUUUCCAUCUUCCUGGCACGGAGGCUUUGCCUCCGCGACGAUCGAUUGAAACCAAAUUGUUUUACAUGUACGACAACUAG